GGUGAGAGGUGAUCUUGUUGUCUUUUGUAAGAGUGGAGCUCGAUCAAGCAGCCGUGUCUUCCCUCUUCCCCGAAUCCUUUCAAAACUCCCUCCCGAACCUCCCGAACCUUCCCCUCUUACCCUCCGGACCCUUCACCCCUUCCCGGAGCGCGCAUCAGCAGGUUGAUCAUCUGUGACCAAAGAUCCAGAGCUCGACUCAUUGAUCAUCAUGGAUUCUGGUGUGAUUGAAGGAGGACUCAAUGUCACUCUCACUAUCAGACUUUUAAUGCAUGGCAAGGAAGUGGGCAGCAUCAUUGGAAAGAAAGGUGAAUCUGUGAAGAAGAUGCGAGAGGAGAGUGGUGCCCGUAUCAACAUUUCUGAAGGGAACUGCCCUGAACGCAUCAUCACCCUGGCUGGUCCCACCACGGCCAUCUUUAAAGCCUUCUCUAUGAUCAUCGAGAAACUGGAAGAGGACAUCAGCAGCUCUAUGUCCAACAGUACGGCCACAUCGAAGCCCCCGGUCACACUGCGCAUUGUAGUGCCGGCAAGUCAGUGUGGCUCCCUGAUUGGCAAGGGUGGCUGUAAGAUCAAAGAGAUCAGAGAGUCUACUGGAGCUCAGGUUCAGGUGGCUGGUGAUAUGCUGCCCAACUCGACUGAAAGGGCAAUUACUAUUGCUGGGACUCCAUUGUCCAUCAUCGAGUGUGUCAAACAGAUCUGUGUGGUUAUGCUGGAGUCUCCUCCUAAAGGGGUUACCAUCCCUUACAGGCCCAAACCCUCAGGAUCGCCUGUCAUCUUUGCAGGAGGACAGGCCUAUGCGGUGCAGGGACAACAUGCCAUUCCUCAGCCUGAUCUCACUAAACUUCAUCAGUUGGCGAUGCAGCAGAGCCCGUUUCCUUUGGCUCCCAGUAGUCAAGGCUUUACUGCUGGUAUGGAUGCUACUGCACAGACAGGCUCUCAUGAACUGACCAUUCCAAAUGAUUUGAUCGGCUGCAUCAUUGGCCGCCAAGGCGCGAAGAUCAACGAGAUCCGUCAGAUGUCUGGGGCACAAAUCAAGAUUGCCAACCCGGUGGAAGGUUCGACUGACCGGCAGGUGACCAUCACUGGUUCACCUGCCAGCAUCAGUCUUGCCGAAUACCUAAUCAAUGCACGACUGUCAUCCGAGGCGACGGGACUGGCCACUAACUGAUGCUCCCUGCCCUCCCCACUGCCCAUUUUCCUCCUCCAUCAUCAUCUUCAUCACACAUGUACACUCUCUUAAGUGCAAAAAGAAACCCAAGUAUUCUCAGCCUAUCCUUUCCUUUCACCCAUCCAAGCUAUGCUUCAUGGAUAUACACAAGUAUUUUAUUUAUUUAUUUCAUGGAAAUGUUUUUAAAAUCCCUUUGCGUAGAGUUUUUAAUGUCUUUUUUUCUUUGAUGCAUAUUCUGUCAGUUAACAUUAUUGUAAGAAAGUGACAGUGGAGAUAGUGGAAAAAUCUGAAAAGACAGGUGUUUUUAUGUCAGAUUUUUCUUAUAAAAACUGAAACAAAAAACAAUAAUAAAAAAGAGCAACUAAAACUAUGAUAGAUCGACCGCUUUCCCUGUAUCAAACA